AUGCCUGCUGACCUGCUGCUUUGGUCAAGUCUGGCAGGCCGCCGGACCGGGCAGGCUGCAAGCAGCCUGUGCCUGGGUGUUAUGAUGCGGGGGUUGUUCGAGGGCGAGGAGGCCUUCAUCUUUCUGCUGGCGGCGCAGGAGGUGUCUGCGGCACGGGAGAUGUACCGCGGAGCCGAGCUCAGCUCCCUGCAGGCAGAAGUUUUCCGGAGCGAGGCCACAACGCUGGGUCGCGCUGGUGAGGAUUUCCAGCGCGCCGAGGCGGUGCGCGAGGACGGGUCCUUCUCCGUCCGGACCAAGUGGGCCACAGGGAAGACGUCAUCGUUUUUAUGGUCGGAUUCAACAAUUACCUUCAGAUAUGUUGCUGGCAACACGUCCGCCCAUGAGCCACCAAAGUAUGUAGAGAUUGAUGGUCUGGACACAAAGUAUCGGCUGAUGCCAGACGGUGCGGCGGUGAUCAAGGAGAUCCAUGGAAUGGACACUGUCAGCAUUGUCGGGUGGCAAGCCUAUGAAGGCGGCAAGUGGGGCAACACCAAGUACGCAAAGGAUGAGGCCCUGUACUUCCAAGCUGACCCCGCAGUGGGCGAAACCAACUCCAAUUGGCGCGGCCGCUCGGUGGGGCAUGUGGUCUACCAGGGUCACGGCCAGCUCUACUUCUUCAACAGCAAAGGCGUCCAGAAGGUCAUCGAGGCGGACGAGAUGACCGCUUACCCCGAGCCGCGUACGCAACGCCUGGAGCUUCACAUGGACGGAAGCGAGGCCAAGGCCUUCAGCCAGCCGGACCGGGAGCUGAGCGUCCUGAUCGAUGCCAUGUUGGGCGAGGCCUCCUGCAUGGGCAAGAGCAGCAAGUGCGCCUUCCGGUGCUUCUACGACCCAGACAAGGACGUUUGCGGGCCCGCGCCUUUCUGCCAGAAGGUGGAGGAGAGCACAUCCCCGAGCAUUUUGGCGCCCUUCGGGCAGCAGCAGAAGUGCAAGGCUGCAGGCGCGGAAGAGAAGGAGGCCGCAGACUUGGCGGUGAAGGCGGCCGCGGAGGAUCUGAAGUUGAUGGCCCUGGGCGUGACUGAGGAGCUGGAGGCCGCCCCCGAGAUCAGCAAGUCCGGAGCCAGCCGCAGCACCAUGAAGAAGACUUUGAAGCUGUACGAAAAGGCCAGCGCCCUCCUCAACGUUUGGCAGGCGCUGCCCGGCCGUCUGAGCCCGGAGACCGGGAACUUCGUGCAGGCCAAGCAGCGCGUGGCCCUCACCGACAUGAAGCACUGGCGUGGCCGGGCGGACCGGCUGACGGUCUCGGAGUACCGGGCGGCGGCAGCGCAGCCCGCCGCAUCGCUGAAAACGUCGACGCAGUACUCCGUGGCCGCCAAGCUGACAACUACAAGGACUACAAGUAUCCUGGUUGGGGAAAUGAUCCAUGAACCCACUUCAACAGCGGAGACACGAAGCACCUCGAUGGCCAUCGUCCUUGUGGUCCCAAAAAAGGAUGGCGUGUGGCUUGCCUGGUCUGACGACUCGAAUUUCCGGGCAUCGGAAGCCCUUCCAUUGGGGUCCGAGAAAGGAAGAGAUGGCUUGCUGGAAGGAAUUGUACCCCUUUGGGGCAACCGCUCUGGGGAAACCAGAUCAGAUCAGAUCAGAGCAUGCUCGCCUUUUCCUGCGGAAAACUUCGGCAAUAUGACUGGAAGAGCAGUGCUGGCGUUCAUGGUCGAUGGCAGCGGCUCUGGCAAGUGGAUGAAGGGGGCAUCUCAUGAAUGCAUUUGA